UUUUAUUUUUAUUUUUGCCACGGAAUCAAAGUGUACAAAUAAUGAGUGGGUGAAGUUUGUGUUAAGAAAUAAAGGAAAAAAAAAAAAAAUUUAAGGAAAAAUCGAAAAUAUAAGGAAUUGAAGGCUUCUAAUAUAAAAUAAAAGAAAAAUUGAAUUUAUUAAGUUUUUUUAAAUUUCUAUUUAAAGUGCGAUUUAUUAAAGUUUUAAAAUAUUUUUUAUGUUUUGUGUUUUUUUUUUCUAAUUUAAUAUUCAAUGAUAAUUUACGCAAGAAUAGGAAAUUUCGUAUGGAAAUAAACAUUAAACAAAUACAAAUGCAAAUAUCUAUGCUAAUUAUUAUGUAAAAUAACCAAAUUUUAUUUGUCUUAUACCUAUAACAAAGAUGAUCUUUUAUAAAGAAAUUUCAGUUUAAUUUAAGAAAGAUUGAGAAAUUAAAAAUUUGGAACAGAUUGCCAUAGAGCCGAAGUACAGGUAUUAUAAUUAAGAAAGAACUGAGAAACAAUAAAGGGAAAUAUGCCUGGAACAAGACGUUUAAUUUUAGGACAUGUUAUGUCAGGUUUAUGCUCGAGAAUGAAUCGAACAAAACCAGUUCCAGCCGAUGUUAUGGAAACACCACUUAGUCGUUGUUUAAAUACAUUUGAUAUAACAAUGCUAGGAAUUGGUCAUAUGGUUGGAGCUGGAAUUUACGUUCUUACUGGUACUGUUGCAAAAGAUAUGGCUGGUCCUGGUAUUGUUUUAUCAUUUGUAUUAGCUGGUAUGGUUUCAAUGUUAGCAGCAUUAUGUUAUGCUGAAUUUGGUACACGUGUACCAAAAGCUGGUUCAGCUUAUGUUUAUACAUACAUAUCAAUUGGUGAAUUUUGGGCAUUUGUUAUUGGUUGGAAUAUUAUUUUGGAGCAUAUGUUGGGAGCAGCAUCAGUUGCAAGAGCAUGGAGCGGUUAUGUUGAUUCAAUAUUAGAUGGUAAAAUUGCUAAUAAGACAAUUGAAAUAACUGGUGAAAUGCAUGAACAACUUUUUGCUAAAUAUCCAGAUAUAUUAGCAUUUUUAGUAUGUCUAAUGUAUGCAUCAGCUUUAGGUGUUGGUGUUAAAGCUACUGCAAUUUUUAAUGGUUUUUUAACAUUAGUUAAUAUUGGUGUUAUGGGUUUAGCAAUAUUUUUGGGUUUCUUUUAUGCAGAUAUUAAAAAUUGGUCUGAAAGUGAAGGUGGUUUUUUACCAUAUGGUUUUGGAGGUGUUAUUGCUGGUGCAGCAACAUGUUUCUAUGCAUUUGUUGGUUUUGAUAGUAUUGCAACAUCAUCUGAAGAAGCUAAAAAUCCAAGCUUUUCAAUACCUAUUGCAACUAUACUUUCUUUAUGUGCUGUAACAGUUGGAUAUGUUCUUGUUAGUGCAGCUUUAACUUUAAUGAUACCAAUUCGAGAUAUAAAUCCAGCUGCUGCAUUACCUGAAGCUUUUGGGGCAUUAAAUAUUCCAUGGGCAAAAUAUGUUAUUUCAAUUGGUGCUCUGUGCGGAAUGACAACAACAUUAUUAGGAUCUCUAUUUGCGUUACCAAGAUGCAUGUAUGCAAUGGCGACAGAUGGUCUAUUAUUUUCAUGUUUUGGGAAAAUUAAUGCAACCACUCAAGUUCCGCUUUUAAAUUUGGCAGUAGCUGGAUUUUUGAGCGCAUUGUUAGCUUUACUAUUUGAUUUAGAAAAACUUGUAGAAUUUAUGUCAAUUGGCACAUUGUUAGCCUAUACAAUUGUCAGCGCAAGUGUUAUUAUCUUACGAUAUAGACCACCACCAACAGAAUCUAAUGUUGUUUAUGCACCUGAUACACCAGAUGAGGAUGAUGAUAACACAUCGCAAUCUAGUAUUGAUACGGCAUCACCAACAUCAGAUUUAAUUGAAAUUGCUUUAGCUGGUCGCCUAAGACCACAAUUUAGAUGGUUGGAACCACUUUUAGGACGCUUUGAACCUGGAGUUGCUUGCUCUGCUUCUGUUUUACUUUUCACAGUUUUAUGUUUUGCAAUUUGUUUUCAAUUAGAAGUUUCUUGGAUGGAAUUAUAUCAUGGAACCUGGUGGGCAUUAGGUUUAUAUGGUUUUAUGAUAUUUAGUGCUGGUGCAUGUGUUGCUGUUAUUGCUGUUCAUCAUCAAAAUACAAGAGGAUUACAAUUUAAAGUACCAUUAGUACCAUAUUUACCAGCUUUAUCAAUAUUUUGUAAUAUUGAAUUAAUGGUACAUUUAAGUGCAUUAACUUGGUUAAGAUUUUUUAUAUGGGUUUCAAUUGGUAUGUUAGUAUAUUUCCUAUAUGGUAUACAUAAUAGUAAAGAAGGUGAAAUUUGUUCAACAUAUUCAAUGUUAAUGACAUCAUCGGAAGCAACUAAAGGUUAUUGGGGUUCAACAACUGGUGCGGUAUCUGUUCUAAGAAGAUUUACAGGUAGGAAAAAAUCAGAAGAUAAAAAACCAAUUGUUAUACAGGAAGUUGAUGAAGAACCAUAGAAAUUUGGUAGAUCUAAAGAAAUUUUAAUUUGAUUUAUUUAAAUUGUUAUUAUUACCAUCUUAUACACCGUUAUCAGUAUAAGUAAUAAUUUGUUAAGAUAAUUUUUAAAAUUUUAAUAAAUUUACUUUUUUGUUUUAAGAAUUAAACAAACUUACAACAAUGCUCGAAAUAAUUUUAAUACAAUAAAUUUCUCUAAAUUGCCAAAUAUUUGCAAUUUGCAAUCAAAAAAUGCAUUAAUUUUAAAAUUGAAAAAUUUCUAACUAAAAACAAACACAUAAAAAUUGUAUAUUAAUUAGAUAAUUUUUUUUUUAAAAUUAAAUUUAUGGUAUAAAUGAAACUGAAAUACACUAGAAAAUCUAUAUUUGACCAUAUUUAAUUUUUAAUACGAAUUACUAAAGCUAAUAUAAUUGUACAAAAUGCUUAUUUUUUUAACGACAAUAAAAUAGAUUAUAAAUUUAAAAAUUAAAUGUUUAGUAGAAAUUAAUCAAUUUAGAACUUAAUGAAAUUUUUUAAAUCAAUUUCAAACUACUAAUUUAUAAGUUGUGUCUUUUAAUAAGAGUUUCAUUUAAUCAAAUAU